AUGGCAGAACAAUCACCUCGCGUAGCCGUUAUCGGCCUUGGCGUUCUUGGCCUCGUGGCCGUCAAAAACUUGACUGAGGAGGGCUUCGAUGUGACGGGUUUUGACCGCAACGGCUAUGUCGGAGGAUUAUGGCAUUACACAGACGAGGACAAGACUUCUGUUCUCCCCACGACCAUCAUCAACAUCUCCAAAGAAAGGGGCUGUUUCACAGACUUUCCUUUCCCCGACGAUACACCCAGUCAUUGCACAGCCGGUCAUGUGCAAAAGUACCUCGAAGACUAUGUAGAGCACUUCAACCUGACUUCCAGACUGCGCCUGAGCACAAUAGUCACCGGCGUGCAUCGCGACGAUGAGCACGACCGCUGGAUAGUUGACGUCGAAGGAUCGGGUCCAGAGUACUUUGACAAGGUCAUCAUCGCUUCGGGGAUCAACUCUCGUCCUCAUGUUCCCAAGCUAGAGGGCCUAGAGCAAUUUGAGGGUGAGGUCUUGCACUCGCGUGCAUUUAAAAGGCCUGAGCUCUUCAAGGGCAAAAAGGUGGUUGUCGUGGGCAUGGGCAACACGGGCGCCGAUACCGCAGCAGCUCUCUGCGGCCACGCCGACAAGGUCUGGGUGUCUCACAACCAUGGAGCCUUGGUGAUGCCACGCGUGGUAAAUGGUGCCCCCUUCGACCACACCCUAACAGCUCGCAAGGCUGCAUUUGCCGGCUUCCUCGAGCUCAACUUCCCGCGUUUCUUUGAGUGGAUGUUCAACACCAUGUGCAAGAAGAUGCAGGACAAGGCCUUCAAGAUCCGCCCAGAGUGGAAGCUUAACCCCGCGCCGCCGAUCAAGCACGCCGUGCCCAUCAUCUCUGACAAUCUGGUGGAUCUUCUCGAGUCUGGAGACAUCAUCUCUGUCAGCGGUCUGAAGCGCGUCGUGGGACCAAAGGAGGUUGAGCUUGAUGAUGGUACGCGUCUUGAUGCUGAUACCAUCAUUUGGUGCACCGGAUACAAGACCGAGUUCAAUCUGCUCGAUCCCAGUGUUGAUCCCACGCGCAACACCACGCCCAAGUGGGCGGCAAGCAUCGGAUCGCGUGGGAAGCCUCUGGCUCGUCUCUACCAGAACGUCUUCUCACUCGACUAUCCCCAGUCGCUCGCCUUCAUGGGCACCGUAGCAUUUGCGACGGGCGCAUUCCCGCUGUACGACCUCUGCUCCAUGGCCGUCGCGCAGGUCUGGAAAGGCAACUCUCCCCUCCCGUCCAUCAAGGAGAUGAACCGAGCCGUCGAUGUUCAGCACGACUUCAUCUGCAGCAUCGCCAAAGACGGAAGCGCAGUCCCCGGAUGGGUGCGCCAGCACGAAUGGAUCGCGUGGGCCAACAAGGCGGCGGGCACACAGGUCAACGAACACCUCGGAUGGGGAUUGACAGGAUGGAAGUUUUGGUUCCAGGACCGGGCGUUUUAUAAGAUGCUGAUGGAUGGCAUUUAUACUCCGUUCCUGUGGCGCGUGUUUGAUGGGAAGCGCAAGAAGUGGGAUGGCGCGAGAGCGGAGAUUGAGAAGGUGAACGCGUACGUGGAGGCGGCCAAGAAGAAGAAUCAGUAG